AUGAGGAGACUGGCUUUUCGAGGCGCUGGUUGUACUCUGGUAAAUCUGAAGAAGUUGGAUUCAAUGGGCUCCAAGAGACGAAGGGCUACAUCUCCUUCCAGCAGUAUCAGUGGGGAUUUUGAUGAUGGUCACCACUCUGUACCAACACCAGGCCCAAGCAGGAAAAGGAGACGACUUUCUAAUCUCCCAACUGUAGAUCCGAUUGCUGUGUGCCAUGAGCUCUACAAUACCAUAAGAGACUACAAAGAUGAGCAGGGCAGGCUCCUGUGUGAACUCUUCAUUAGGGCACCAAAAAGAAGAAAUCAACCAGACUAUUAUGAAGUAGUUUCUCAGCCCAUCGACUUGAUGAAAAUUCAACAAAAACUAAAAAUGGAAGAGUAUGAUGAUGUUAACCUGCUGACUGCUGAUUUUCAGCUGCUCUUUAACAACGCCAAGGCCUAUUAUAAGCCAGAUUCUCCGGAAUUUAAAGCUGCCUGUAAACUCUGGGAUUUGUACCUCCGAACAAGGAAUGAAUUUGUACAGAAAGGAGAUGCAGAUGAGGAUGAAGAAGAGGAUGAUGGGCAUGACAAUCAAGGAACAAUGUCUGAAGUAUCUUCUCCAAGUUACCUGAAAGAGAUCCUUGAGCAGCUUCUUGAAGCCAUAGCCAUAGCUACAAACCCAUCAGGACGUCUCAUAAGUGAGCUUUUUCAGAAACUUCCUUCAAAAGUGCAAUAUCCUGACUAUUAUGCAAUAAUUAAGGAGCCCAUUGAUCUUAAGACAAUUGCUCAGAGAAUACAGAAUGGGAGUUAUAAAAGUAUCCAUGCAAUGGCAAAGGAUAUAGAUCUUCUAGCUAAAAAUGCCAAAACCUACAAUGAACCUGGGUCUCAAGUAUUUAAGGAUGCAAAUUCAAUUAAAAAAAUAUUUCAUUUGAAAAAGGCAGAAAUUGAACAUGUUGAAAUGGCCAAGUCAAGCCUUCGAAUAAGGACUCCAUCCAAUUUGGCUGCAGCCAAGCUGACAGGUUCUUCACAGGGUAAGGGCAGCCUUAGUGAAGAGAGAAAUUCUACCAGCAAAUAUUAUCGUAAUAAAAGAGCAGUUCAAGGGGGUCGUUUGUCAGCAAUAACUAUGGCACUCCAGUAUGGCUCAGAAAGUGAUGAGGAUGCUGCUUUAGCUGCUGCUCGUUAUGAAGAGGGGGAGUCAGAAGCAGAAAGUAUUACUUCAUUUAUGGAUGUUUCAAAUCCUCUUUAUCAACUUUAUGAUACCGUUAGGAGCUGUCGGAAUAACCAGGGACAGUUAAUAGCAGAACCAUUUUUCCAUUUACCUUCGAAGAAAAAAUACCCAGAUUAUUAUCAGCAAAUCAAAAUGCCCAUUUCCCUGCAGCAGAUAAGAACCAAGCUAAAGAACCAAGAAUAUGAAACUUUAGAUCAUUUGGAGUGUGAUCUAAAUUUAAUGUUUGAAAAUGCCAAACGUUAUAAUGUUCCCAAUUCAGCCAUCUACAAACGAGUUCUAAAAAUGCAACAAGUCAUGCAGGCAAAGAAGAAGGAACUUGCUAGGAGAGACGACAUUGAGGACGGCGACAGUAUGAUCUCUUCAGCCACUUCUGAUACUGGGAGUGCCAAAAGAAAAAGGAACACUCAUGACAAUGAGAUGUUGGGCCUCAGGAGGCUAUCCAGGUUGUCUGCCUCAGCUGCUGACUUGGAGACUACUGGUUCCAGUCCAGCUGGGAGUUCACCACCAAAGGCUUAUGGCAUAAGAGCCCUGGACCGGAAAACAGGAGACCUGGGUUCUAGUGCUGACUCUGCCACUAACUCACUGUGUGACCUUCGUAAAAAGAACAUAAGAAAGCAGCGAAUGAAAAUUUUAUUCAACGUUGUUCUUGAAGCUCGAGAACCAGGUACAGGCAGAAGACUCUGUGAUCUUUUUAUGGUUAAGCCAUCCAAAAAAGACUACCCCGAUUAUUACAAAAUCAUCUUGGAACCAAUGGACUUAAAGAUUAUUGAACAUAACAUCCGUAAUGACAAAUAUGCAGCAGAAGAGGCAAUGAUGGAAGAUAUGAAACUGAUGUUCCGAAAUGCAAGACACUAUAAUGAAGAAGGCUCACAGGUAUAUAAUGAUGCCCAUAUUCUGGAGAAGAUGCUCAGAGAUAAGAGAAAAGAGUUGGGCCCACUCCCUGAGGAUGAUGACAUGGCCUCUCCCAAACUCAAGCUAAGUAGAAAGAGUGGCAUUUCUCCUAAAAAGUCAAAAUACAUGACUCCAAUGCAACAGAAACUCAAUGAAGUAUAUGAAGCAGUAAAGAACUACACAGAUAAGCGGGGCCGCCGACUCAGCGCCAUCUUCCUGAGGCUCCCCUCCAGGUCAGAACUGCCAGACUACUACCUGACCAUCAAAAAGCCUGUUGACAUGGAAAAGAUACGAAGCCACAUGAUGGCUAACAAGUACCAAGACAUAGACUCCAUGGUGGAAGAUUUUGUCAUGAUGUUCAACAAUGCUUGUACAUACAAUGAGCCUGAAUCCCUGAUUUACAAAGAUGCUCUAGUCCUGCACAAGGUAUUGCUUGAAACUCGAAGGGACAUAGAAGGAGAUGAGGACUCUCAUGUUCCUAAUGUGACGCUGCUUAUCCAAGAGCUUAUCCACAAUCUUUUUGUGUCUGUAAUGAGCCAUCAGGAUGAUGAGGGAAGGUGCUACAGUGACUCCUUGGCUGAAAUCCCUUCUGUGGAUCCUAGUUUCCCAAACAAACCCCCUCUGACUUUCGACAUAAUUAGGAAGAAUGUUGAGAAUAAUCGCUACCGCAGGCUGGACUUAUUUCAAGAGCAGAUGUUUGAUGUAUUGGAAAGAGCAAGAAGAAUGAAUCGGACGGAUUCAGAGAUAUAUGAAGAUGCAGUAGAACUUCAGCAAUUCUUUAUUAAAAUCCGUGAUGAACUCUGCAAGAAUGGAGAGAUCCUUCUUUCCCCAGCACUUAGUUAUACAACAAAGCAUCUCCAUAAUGAUGUGGAGAAAGAGAAAAAGGAAAAGUUACCAAAAGAAAUAGAGGAAGAUAAACUAAAACGGGAAGAAGAAAAAAGAGAGGAGAAAGAAGAUGUUCCAGUAGAAAUGUCUAAUGGUGAGCCAGGAUGCCACUACUUUGAACAACUUCGAUACAAUGAUAUGUGGCUGAAGGUUGGAGAUUGUGUUUUCAUAAAAUCUCAUGGCUUAGUGCGGCCCCGAGUGGGCAGAAUUGAAAAACUAUGGGUCCGGGACGGUGCUGCCUAUUUCUUUGGCCCCAUCUUCAUUCACCCUGAAGAAACAGAACAUGAGCCAACAAAAAUGUUCUACAAAAAAGAAGUGUUUCUGAGCAAUUUGGAAGAAACCUGUCCUAUGACGUGUAUCCUGGGAAAGUGUGCUGUGUUGUCAUUCAAAGAUUUCCUGUCCUGCAGGCCAACUGAAAUACCAGAAAAUGAUGUUCUGCUUUGUGAGAGUCGCUAUAAUGAGAGUGACAAACAAAUGAAGAAAUUCAAAGGAUUGAAGAGGUUUUCACUCUCUGCAAAAGUGGUAGAUGAUGAAAUCUACUAUUUCAGAAAACCGAUAGUUCCACAGAAGGAGCCCUCACCAUUAUUGGAGAAGAAGAUUCAGUUGCUAGAAGCAAAAUUUGCUGAGUUGGAAGGUGGAGAUGAUGAUAUUGAAGAAAUGGGAGAAGAAGAGGGUGAAGUCAUCGAAGCCCCGUCUUUGCCACAGCUUCAGACUCCACUGGCCAGUGAUCUGGACAUUAUGCCCUACACUCCCCCUCAGUCUACUCCUAAGUCUGCUAAGGGCAGCUCUAAGAAGGAAGGCUCCAAAAGGAAGAUCAACAUGAGUGGCUACAUCCUCUUUAGCAGUGAGAUGAGAGCUGUGAUUAAGGCCCAGCAUCCAGACUACUCCUUUGGAGAGCUCAGUAGGCUUGUAGGAACAGAGUGGAGAAACUUAGAGACCACCAAGAAAGCAGAAUAUGAAGAGCGGGCAGCUAAAGUUGCCGAGCAGCAGGAGAGAGAGCGCGCAGCGCAGCAGCCGCAGCCGAGUGCUUCUCCCCGGGCGGGCCCCCCCGCGGGGGCGCUCAUGGGGGUGGUGCCGCCACCAACACCAAUGGCGAUGCUCAAUCAGCAGUUGACACCUGUUGCAGAACAGCAGCUGCAGCAUUUUAGCUCCCUGUUGGGGAAUAACAACGUCAAGUCCAAAGGCAUGAUAGGUGGCUAUCCGCCAGUCCUGCCACCUUUGCAGGGGCCAGUUGAUGGCAUUGUUAGCAUGGGCAGCAUGCAGCCACUUCACCCUGGGGUGCCCCCACCCCACCACCUUCCGCCAGGUAUGCCAGGCAUCCCAGGCAUCCCACCACCGGGUGUGAUGGGCCAAGGAGUGUCCCCCAUUGUAGGCCCUCCAGCACCGGGAGGAAGUCCUUAUGGACAACAAAUGGGAAUCCUGGGGCCUCCGGGCCAGCAAGCACCACCUCCGUAUCCUGGUCAGAAUCCAGCAGGCCAGCCUGUCAUGCAGCAGCCGACAACACCAAUGUUCGUCUCUCCCCCACCAAAGACACAACGGCUUCUGCACUCAGAGGCCUACCUGAAAUACAUUGAGGGGCUCAGCGCCGAAUCAAACAGUAUUAGCAAGUGGGACCAGACCCUUGCAGCCCGAAGACGAGAUGUUCAUCUAUCAAAAGAACAAGAAAGCCGUCUUCCUUCACACUGGCUGAAAAGUAAAGGGGCCCACACGACCAUGGCAGAUGCCCUCUGGCGCCUUCGUGAUUUGAUGCUUCGAGAUACCCUUAACAUUCGCCAAGCAUACAACAUAGAAAAUGUUUAAUUGCAUAAAUUACUUUCUUUGAUACAAACAUAAAGAGUUUUGUGGAACAAUAGCUGUUUUAGUUACUGGGGGGAUAACAAAACAAUAAUUUUUAUUGCAUUUUAUUGUACAUUGCAAGACCAUUUUUAUAUAAGGACACUUUUAAUAAGCAUAUUUCAAUUUGUUUUUGUUAUAUUAAGUUGACUUUAUCAAAUACACAAAGAUUUUUUUGCAUAUGUUUCCUUUGUUUGAAAGCCAGUUUCAUAUUUGGUUGUAUGUGUAGACAUGGAGUUAUCUUUUUACUUGUUGCCAUGGAUCUGAUACCAUUGGGGUUUUUUUAUAAAAGAAAAACAGACCAAAAAAAAAAAAACCAUGAAAAAAACAACUGUUUACAAAUUAGUUUAAAAUGACAAUGAAAUGUGAAGUUAGUCCUAGUUUACAUUGUAGAAGAGUAUGUCUGUUCACGUGCCUGCGUGUUUUAAGGCACUUCCAGCAGAAACCAUUGCUUACAGGUGAAUUGAAAUGCUUUUUCAAGAAGAAAUAUUAGAGAUUCAACAGAUUUGUAGAGCCUUCCAUCUGAUCAGUAGCCACUAACAGGGAGCCAGGCACUCCUCUGAAGUUUGCACCUCUGCCCUUGACCAGUCCGGUCCAGCAAGAACAUUUUCUUGUGCUGCAUUGAAUGUCGGGCUAUAAUUGACCUUUAUAAAGAACCUGCAUACUCUUGUGGAGUCUGAACAGGUGAAUGGGUAAAAUAUUUUCAACUCUUUAAAAAGAAUUCGUAGUUUGUCUCCACAUGCUCUGUUAGAUCUUGUGAAGUUUUCAAAUUCAGAUAUUAAAAAGCAUUUACAUUCACACUGGAGUAUUAUGGUAGAUGGAGGUGAUUUUUAAAACAUAUAACCCUUGCUUUAAAAAUAAAAUACAGCAGUGUGUAAAAGUGAUAUCUUCACUGAAAAUGAAAUUAUGAGAAUCAAUUACUCUCAAUCCUUUUUCCCCCUCCCAUUUUUCAUUCCUGUGCGUGGCAUUUUUUUCUCCAAGUUUCAAGGUUGUAACUUUCUACCAUUUAGGACUUGCUAUACAUUUUCAGCCAAAAACUUAAGAGCUGCAACUUUUCUGUUUCAGAAAUAUUUUUAAUAUUAGCUUAAAUUUUUGAAUUUCAGGGGGUAAUAAGUGCAUUUAGAGCUGGGGGAAAAAUCACUAUUUAAGAAAAUGCUUUCUGAAAAGGCCACACAGAUCCCAUUACACAUUAGUUUAGAGAUACUUUAUUCCCUGUCUAACUUGAUAGUAAACCUUCUUCAGGUGGCAGCUUACCUUUAGAGCAUCUAUCCAGGAAAUUGCCCGGGCAGCUGGACAAAGCUUUCACAUGCUGCUAUAAACUACAUCACAUUACUUUGGGGGAAGGAGGUGUUUGUGUUUUUGAGAGUGGUUUUAUCAUACCAUAACCCCAGAAGAACUCCUUUUUUUUUUUUUUUUUAAAGUAGGCAUUACUACCCCAAUGCCUAAAUGCCAUUCUUCUUAAAUCAUGAGUGUAGAGCAGAGAAACUCUUUUUGUCUCUAUAUAUACUUAAGUACAGUAGGCCGUCCUAACUGCCGUAGUCAACCACUGGAUCUAAAUCUUCAUCAAGUAUUUCGAAGUAAUUUCAAACACUUUUUUUAAAGAUUUAUGUUGCUGUUUUGUUAGAAUACAUCUCAGCAACUAGAGUUUUUGCUGUUUUCACCACAAAGAUUAAGACAUUGAACUAAAUCAGAUAAUGAACAUGUCCUAGUUCUUUGUUUAUCUGAGCCAUCCAACCACCAUCAUGGACUGUAUAUUAAAAUCGGAUUCUUUUAUUCCUAGACAUUAACAAAAUUGCACCAAAGAGCCUGGAAUUAAUUUUAGUUAAGUUAUUUAUUUAUUUUUUAAGUUUUGUUUUGCUUUUAUUUUCUUUGAGGCCUAGUUAAGACUGCUUUGGGGAGCUUCUCAGAAACACUUUUUUUCCCCUUUUUUUUCCCUUUUUUUCCAGCAAGUGGAAUGGUCGCUGUUAUUAUCCAAGGCAUUAGAAGCUGGAAGCACUCCUUUUUCAACCCCUUUACCAGCUUCAGUGUCACUGUAAGAACUAACCAAAUCAACCCUGGGUCUCCUUUAAGGUCAUGCAGAGCAGUGCCAUUGAGGCUACUUAGUGGGCCCAAUCAAGUCUGUUUUGUUUUGUUUUGUUUUUAACUGUGUAUUUAUUUUAGAAUCAUGUCUUUCUGUGUAUUUCUGUGGAGAAUGUCAGUAAAAAUUUAGGAGAUAGGAUUUGAGGUCUGCAGUCUAGAAUUUCAUACCUAACCAAAAAAAAAAAAUUUCUAAUUCAAGUGAUUAAAAAAAUAAUAAAAUAACCACACAUUU